AUGCAGGGCUUCAAUAUGGGACGAUAUGUCCCCCCGGACGAAGAAGGCGUCACAUCGGGAAACAAAUUGGCAGGAAAGCACCCUCUCGGCGCGCGCGCAAGAAAGCUCCACACCACGGGCGCACUGGUCGUACGAUUUGAGAUGCCUUUCGCAGUAUGGUGCGACCACUGCAAACCCCAUCCGGUCAUAAUUGGGCAAGGCGUGCGCUUUAACGCAGAGAAAACCAAAGUCGGGAAUUACUACUCCACCCCCAUCUACACCUUCCGCAUGAAGCACACUGUCUGCGGCGGCACAAUCGAGAUCAAGACCGAUCCCCAAAACACCGCUUACAUCGUGACUGAAGGCGGACGCAAGCGAGAUCUUGGAGAAGACAAACCCCUCCAGCCCGGCGAAAUCACCAUCAAGCCCUAUGCUGCAACCCAGGAUGCAGUAGGGAAAGACCCUUUCUCGAAGCUGGAAGACAAGAUGGAAGACAAGAUUCGCGCUAAGACUGAAGCCAGCCGUAUCCUCGAACUCAAGGAAGCUCGCGACAAAGACUGGGAAGAUCCGUACACCAAGAAUCAGAAUCUACGCCGACACUUCCGACAGGAGCGCAAGAGCCUCGAGAAGAAAGAUGCUGCCAAAGAAGCUCUUAAAGAACGGGCCAGUCUGAGCACUGAUCUUGAGCUUCCGGAUCUCACCGAGGAAGACCGCCAGCUAGCUAGCAAGAUUGAGUUCGGCGGAGACCCAAUCGCCAAGGCAGAGCGGGCUCGUCGCCUCGAACCCAUGUUUCCAUCCACCGAUGCCCCGCGCAAACCAGUAACUGGCAACAAGCGCCCACUCCGCAAGGCGGAUGCCGCAGCUGCCCAGAAGGCUGCGUGGAAGAAAGAUGUCCUUGCCAAAGCCCGUGCUGAUAGGAAUCCCUUCAAAGGCCCCGAUGGUGAUUCGGAUGACCCGGACUACUGGAGCGUCAAGAGGCCUAAAACUACCAAAGCUUCGACGCCACUCUCCCGUGGGAAGCCUCCUGCCAAAUCGGUUGCAGUGAAAACCGCCGCAACAGCGAAGCCCGAUAAAGCUUCCGAGGCACCGGCAGUCGCUCACAAGACACAACUCGUCGACUAUCCUUCCGAUUCGGAUUGA